CGGAAAGAGAUGAUUCCUGAAACAUCCUGCCUUUUCCUCUGCAUCAUCGACGUGGCAAAAUGUCAGUCCCCACGAACCAAGGCCAUCAUGGAGGAUUCCGUUUUAUUUUAAUAUAUUCUCUAUACAGCAGCAACGCUUUGCUUUGAGAAUACAGGCUUUCUUCCUUGUAAUUUCUCCUUUCAAUUUUUAAUCUCGACCUGGACACGGGAUAACUCAGAUCCUUUCGAGGCUAAAUGUACUUCACUUCAUUCAACUUACCCUCAUAUGGAAUGAUCUCAAAGCCUUUUGCCAUCCUCUAUCAGGAGGUUGGUCAAGGUUCAUAAGGAAGAAGAAGGCUGGUAAAGGUCGAGGAGAAGAUGAGAAAGGAGGAAGGAGGCUGGUAAAAGGAUGAGAAAGCCAGGAGAUAGGAAGGGGGUAGGAAAAGAGAGAAGUUUCUUUUCAGAAAUCUUCACAGACCAAUCCAGGUUUCUGCCUUCACCCAGGCUGGACUUUACUACUCCAGCUGCUACUUCAUCCUGGAGGCACCUUGCCUCUUCUCUACCCGAAUGGUGCUACUUUCUGCUGAUCCAGGAUCUAGACCUCCUUUGUCCCUUACUUCAGAGCUGGUGUUCCAGGUCUCUCCUACUGGUAGAACCCACACCAGGAAACAAGAACUUGCCCCUAGACAAUAUUUCUCUAAACUAAGAAACCUCUUUAUUAGUUUGAAUUUGACCCUCCAACAAUUGUUUCGCCCUCUUUGAAGACUCAGGAGCUUUUGUCCUUGAACCUUCUUCAUCCUUUGAGGAGAAAUUUCUCCCUAGGAUAGCUUUAGGUCAGGUCCUUGGUGCCAACAUGCUAGUCUGUUUUUAUGAAUAGGACCUUGCCUAUUUCCUGAUUGGCAUGGCUGAGCCAAGACAGGUUCCAGGUGGCCGUGAGACUCCACAAGGGGAGCUUCGGCCAGAUGUUGUUGAAGAUGAGGCCUCUGUGAGUUCAGGUCCAGAGGAGAUGGGAGGAGGAAGAAGUGGCAGUAGCAGUGAGACAAAGUUAUCUCCUAGAGAGGAGGAAGAACUGGAUCCUAGAAUACAGGAAGAGCUAGAGCACUUGAACCAGGCCAGUGAAGAAAUCAACCAAGUAGAGUUACAACUGGAUGAGGCCCGGACCACAUAUCGGAGAAUCUUACAAGAGUCAGCUCGAAAGCUCAAUACACAGGGCUCUCACUUGGGAAGCUGCAUUGAUAAGGCCCGGCCAUAUUAUGAGGCACGGAGGCUGGCCAAGGAGGCUCAGCAGGAAACACAGAAGGCAGCCCUGCGCUACGAACGGGCAGUGAGCAUGCACAAUGCUGCUCGAGAGAUGGUGUUUGUGGCAGAACAAGGUGUCAUGGCUGACAAGAACCGGCUUGAUCCUACAUGGCAGGAGAUGCUUAAUCAUGCCACCUGCAAGGUGAAUGAGGCAGAGGAAGAACGUCUUCGGGGAGAGCGGGAGCACCAACGGGUGACCAGGCUAUGCCAACAGGCUGAGGCCCGGGUACAGGCCUUACAAAAGACUCUUAGGCGAGUCAUUGGCAAGAGCCGUCCAUAUUUUGAGCUUAAGGCUCAGUUUAACCAAAUUUUAGAGGAACACAAGGCCAAGGUGACUGGACUGGAACAACAAGUGUCUCAGGCCAAGACCCGCUACUCUGUUGCCCUGAGAAAUCUUGAGCAGAUCAGUGAGCAGAUCCACGCCCGCCGCAGGGGUUUGCCUCAGGCCCCAGUUCACAGGCGUUCUUCCCCUGUGGGGGCUGAAGCUGGACCUGAGAGUGGGGAUAGUGGAGACCCCAGGGUUGAGGGGGCAGAGGGUGGAUAUCUGGAGGAAAGUGGGACCCUUGAACCUGGCCCUGCCCCUGAUACCUUGAGCCUCCUGAGCCUUCGCACUGUUGCCUCAGACCUACAGAAAUGUGAUUCAGUAGAACACUUGAGGGGCCUUUCGGACCAUGCCAGCUUGGAUGGCCAGGAGCUAAGCCCUGAGGGUGGUGGAGAUCGAGGGAGUGGGAGUCGGGGUCGUCACCAACGAAGCAUCAGCUUGUAGCCCUCACUUUCCCAAAGAGUUGGGAGUGUCUCUUCUUUUUGUCCCUGAACCUUUUCUCACUCAGGGGGUUCUUACAGACUCUGUUGGUGUCCCUUUUCCCUUUGAGUGCUCCUCUAUUUUGAAAAGCCUCUAUCACCUCUGUCUCUGAUGCUCUCUUCUUUUUCUCUCCUCACUGUCUCAUGCACUUCUCUUUCACUAUUGUAGAUCUCACUUCUGCCUUAUUCUUAUUCUGAGAGGCUCUUCUCACCCCUCUCUUUCCUAGCUUGGGCUCUUCUCUAUCCAUCAUUCUCUGUCUCCUACCUGAAUUUCUGUUUGUGUUUCACCAUUUUUGUCUGUCUCACCCCUCUCUUCUUCCCCUCAGGGAAUUCAGUCCAGAAGGAAACUGACCAGGGGAGUGAUACUGUCCAUGGAGGCUCCAAGUUGCUUUUCUCAUUCAUGCUACACCCCAACCCAAUCCCAUAGACACAUUUUCCACAAUCAUCUUUCCCCUCUUUAAGAUUCUAAUCUCUUACUAAGGCCCCCCAAAUGCUGCUGGACCCUACUGGGGAUUCUUAUGUUUUUUUGCCCUAUCCUAAACUGCCUAGAUUGUAACCCUACAAUAUAAGAAGUUCAUUUAUUCAAGAUGCCUUUCACCAGAUUUUCUCUUAGAUUUUUAUUGACUCAAAAACCCCCUACAAAAACCCCCUCAAAACUCAAAAAACAGUUAAGUCUUAUAGGGUGAUGGUAAAGAAAUCUGAGAUUGACUCCCUCUUUCUUGGUCCCCAAAUCAGCAAUGAUAGUCUAGGUUUCCUGCCAGUGGGCUAUGUAAACAGGGUUCCUGUUUCCAACGGCUUUGGUGUUUUUUCAUCCAACUUCUGAUUUUUUUAAGAUUGACACGGUUCUAUUGGAGUCUAAUUUGAGAGAUCAUUUUGGGAGGGCCGGGAGUGAGAUUGUUCGAACUUUAAAAUAAAUGACCUCCCUCUGUGCUCUUGUUGCUAGUGAUUCACCAUGUUUUAUCUAUCAAGUGGAAAAUGCCUAGUCCUCUUCUCCAGCUGCCCAAUAUAUGAGUCAAGGAUAGAUUUAUGAACUACUGUUCCUCAUUUUACCAUCUCUCUUACAUCAUGGGUAGGAGAAUUUGGGUACUGUUGGGGCUAGACCCAAUUCCCCCCUAUCCCCCUUCCCCUCCUCCAAUAUAAAUUUCUAUUUCUAUAUCCCUCUUAACUUGGCUGCUAUAUUCCCUUCCCACCUCCUAUCCCCACCUGUAUCCACCAUCUGUAGAAGACGGAGAAUAAGAUGUGCCAAUGAGAGCCCCUUAAUUCUUUAAUUAUAGCUCCAAGGAAAUUAGAGCCUAGAGAGGUCUGUCAUAUCUAUAGUAUAUACAGUGACCCUCACACAUCCUUAGGUUGUAUGUUAAGGGGAUGUUAUUUUCCUUUUUGACUAUCUAGAAGACAUGGAAAGUGGUUCCUUUUGACAGGGGCUAUAGAGAAAUCCAUUUGUCUUUGUUUCUUACUUCAUCUGUAUUUCAUAGGUACUCUUCUACCCCCCUUCCCACCCCCCUUAAGGCACUCAUCUCUGCAUAUGUGUUUUGGGAGAACAAAGGUUUACAUUUUAAACUCUUAUCCUGAAUGUUGUUUCCCCAGAGCGGGGCAAAAUGGUCAUAAUGAAAACCAUUGUGUUUGAAGUGACUGUUGUGUAGAAGUGGAAGGAGGACGGGGGAGUGUAUAUGAGAAUGGAGGGGCAGACUGAUAGGAUUUUAUUUAAAUAAAAAAUGAACUGGAAUUUCUUCCUGUCUAUUGUCUGUAUACAAAGGGAAAUGGUGAAUAGCAAUGAGGAAGAUUAUAAAAUUUGAAAGUCUCCAACUGAUUUCAACUGCUAGGCUUAUCUAGCCUUUGAUUUUGAGAUAAGCGUUGGUAUCACAGUACCUACUAGAAUUUAAUUUUGUUUUGUAAACUUUGAAAUAACUCAUAAAUAUGUUAUCUGUAAACAAAGAAAUCUUAAUCUCUAGAAUUCUAGUAAGCUUUUAUGGCCUAUAGGACACUUCUAUCUAAGAAAUAUGGCCUAUCAGUAUACAAACUCAGCACAUCUGAAAAGUUUCUUACCUUCCAAAUUUGCUUCUCCUUUCUAUCAGUAGUACUUGUUUGCCAUGAUUCAAACUUUGUUUUUUUGACGCUUCUUCACUUUUUAUGUCUAUAAAUAAAUUCUUGGUGACUAAAUAGCA